UGAAAGUUGAGGGCUGGUGUGUGUGUCUGAAGGAAUCUGUCGGUAACAUUUUUUGUAGCGGGUGAUUGGAGGUUUAGAAAAUGGACACGUUAAAUAAACUGAAGCAGUUUGACGCUUAUCCUAAAACUCUGGAGGAUUUCCGAGUGAAGACGUGGGGAGGGGCGACUGUGACUAUAAUCAGUGGUGUCAUCAUGCUAAUCCUGUUUGUCUCUGAGUUGCAAUACUAUCUGACUAAAGAGGUCCAUCCUGAGCUGUACGUCGACACGUCACGGGGAGACAAACUCAAAAUCAACAUCGAUAUUAUUUUCCCUCACAUGCCGUGUGCCUAUCUUAGUAUAGAUGCAAUGGACGUGGCUGGUGAGCAGCAGCUGGACGUUGAACACAAUCUGUUCAAACAGCGGUUGGAUAAAGAACUCAAACCUGUCACCCAGGAGGCAGAAAAGCACGAGCUCGGUAAGGCUGAUGAUGGCGAAGUGUUUGAUCCCAGCACGCUGGACCCAGACAGAUGCGAGAGCUGCUACGGAGCUGAAACUGAAGAUCUCAAAUGCUGCAACACCUGUGAUGAUGUGCGCGAAGCGUAUCGGCGGCGAGGCUGGGCAUUCAAGAGUGCAGACACCAUCGAGCAAUGUAAAAGAGAGGGUUUCACUCAGAAGAUGCAGGAGCAGAAGAAUGAAGGCUGUCAGGUUUACGGCUUCCUGGAAGUCAACAAGGUGGCAGGAAAUUUCCACUUCGCUCCAGGAAAAAGUUUCCAGCAGUCUCAUGUCCACGUACACGACCUGCAGAGUUUUGGCUUGGACAAUAUAAACAUGACCCAUCUGAUAAAACACCUGUCGUUUGGUAAAGAUUACCCCGGUCUUAUUAACCCUCUGGAUGAGACUGAUGUCACAGCACCACUUGCAUCAAUGAUGUACCAGUAUUUUGUGAAAAUUGUUCCUACCAUCUACGUGAAAACUGACGGCGAGGUGGUAAAAACAAACCAGUUCUCAGUUACCAGGCACGAGAAAGUGGCCAACGGGCUAAUAGGAGACCAGGGGCUGCCAGGCGUCUUCGUUUUAUAUGAACUGUCACCCAUGAUGGUUAAAUUCACAGAGAAACACAGGUCCUUUACACACUUCCUAACAGGAGUUUGUGCCAUUAUUGGAGGAGUAUUUACAGUGGCCGGUCUGAUCGACUCGCUCAUCUACCAUUCAGCUCGUGCCAUCCAGAAGAAGAUAGAGCUGGGGAAGACAUCCUAACAGCGCUCCCCAGUGGCCUCCACGGUGCAACACAGACCAAGACAAUGACAGAGCCAGAAGGACAGAGAGAAGAAGGGCAGAAAAGUGGAGGGAGAAGUUUGAAAACGGGAGCACAGCUCUCCAUCUCUCUGUCUUCUCUCAGGUCGAGGGAGAGAAAUGCAGAGAGAGACAGAAGUUUUAAAUCGUCCAGGUUUUCAAUUUCUCUGCCUCUCUGUUUGUUCUUGAAAAAGUCUGGAGAGGAACUUGCGCGCUUUUGAAUUUUCCUCUCCACACAGGACAGAGACAGAAUCAGAGAUUGAUUUUUCUGUGAUUGAUUACAAGCACAGCAGCAGAUGCACACCCAGCCUCCGGGGGGGAAAAGGACCUGCGCACCGGUCCACUGUAAGAUCACUACACCAAAUGAUUGUUAGAGAAUCAUGGUUGAUCCCAGUGUCUAGAGGAAUGAGAAAGACAGGCCAUCUAUCACUUAUUCACUUCAUGUAACCUGGACUCACUGAUGACAUUUUAUAAAAUUGAAGCCCCAGUAGGCCUUAAAAGUCACAAUCAUGGAAAAUACAGUUCGUGGUCUUGAUUUAUCAAACUUUUUGAGAUUACAAACUCAUUAUUUUGGUUAUGUUUGUCUUAUUUUAUCUUUCUUACUCUCAGCAAGUUCCACAAAAAGAGCUAAACCAACCAUGCUCCAUUGCUGCCAACUGGCUGUUUUGAAUAACAGUUGUAAAUCAAAUGAAUGACGCUAACUAACCAGCUAUUUUAAGAAGUAACUGGGAAGUUGUUGUUUUUUUAGUAUUUCAUAUUUAGAUAGUCAGACAUUUGUUGCUUUUGGUCUUUUUAAAAGGGAUUUAUUGACAAGAAAAAUAUUAAAUUUAGCCUGACUUACAAAUUCUCAUCACAUGUUCCCUUUAUGUCUGUUUCUGUACAAGUGAGAAGAUGAAUUUAGUGUUUAAAUAUUGCUAAAAUGUAAUUAACCCCUCUGUCCCUCCAAAAAAAUAGACUCACGCUAACACCUAGUUGAUUCCUGAGAUGCACUUUCCCAGUAUAUUAGUUUCAGUGUUGUUCCUGUGUUGAAUGUCUAAAAGUUCAAAUACAGCGCAUAAACAAAAUGUCCGGUGAAAAGAUGAAAAAUGUCAUUUUCACCAAUUUAUUCUGGCGAUGUGGCCUGCAGGUCUUCAUCAGAGCUCUUAUAAAUACCCUGGCCAUGUUAUAAACCAAGCAAGACCUGAGUGGAGUAAAACACAGGCGUGCUAAAUAGAUGACAGAAAUGUUUCAGUGUUGUAUAAAUGAAAGCUGUGUAGCCCAGCCCUCAAUCUGUGUGUAGCUGGGAAAAAACGAAAUGAUAAAAUCAGAGCACUACAAAUAUUCCCACAUAAUUUAAAGACACUAUGUAAAGACGUCUGAUUUUUCAAUCUGCUUUUUUGAGUUGACUUAAAAUAGCCUCAUGUCGGUGUCCUCCAUCAUUAUUCCACCACCAGAGGCAGCUGUCUCAGAUAAUCACCCCUCUUUCAGCACAGCAUUAGAACUAUUUGAAUUGCUGAACAAUAAAUGAAUUCAAAGACGUGAUUAAAAUUGUUACUUUCUUGCUAACAGUUAUAACAUUUAAUGCCUCAAAACUAUUACUGGAAGUUGAAGGAGUCAUUAAUUUAAAAAUUCUACAUAUGGCGGCUAAAAAACAGAUGUUGACUCUCUGCCCACCUGAUACCCGAGGAGGAAAAACUAAUGGGGAUUGAAUAAAACUCCCUCGGAUUUACUGCUGGAAUAUUUGUUAAAUUGCACCGUUUCCUUGCACAGACUUUCAUCAGGUUUACACACAUAGGGACAUCAUCUGAGUCUGAGGAUUACUGGUCCGAGGUUAGUGUAAGAACUCGACGCUAUGACAUCUCACCGGGUUGGAAAGAAAAUACAAAGAUGAAUCACAAUAGCUGACUGGUGGUGUGUGGUUCUAAUGACACAUCUUCCAGACUGCACUCUACGUAUCCUCCUCUCCUCAGCAUCCCCUUGACCGUUUUAGUCAUUCAAUUUUCUUUCCCCCCUAAACCUGAACAGUGAGAUUUGGUCACAUGACAUUUUAUAGUGACUGUCAACAGAAAAUUGUUGUAAUUCAUUUACGGUUAUAGAGGAAGUUGCCUCCUUAGAGGCCAAAAUGACCCCUGACUCUUCCCAUAAUGUGACUUGGAAAUGAAAUCUUUCACAUGAUUUUAACAUCAUUUUUUGUUUUCGGGAUGUGCAGAUGCACUGAUCACUGCCUCAGGAGAGGAGCUGAAUCCAACAGUUCAACAUUUUGAACACAAAAAAAAGAUAUUCUUGAAUUAGAAUACCGAGGGAAGCGGUUAAUUUGUUGAGGUUUGUCUAUUUCUCUCAUACAACGGGGUAACUAAAAAUAAAUCUGCUCACUAAGACUGCGGUUAAAUUAUUGUUUGUGAAAUGCGGAUAUUAAAAAUUGUUUGCAGCCAGUAGCUUCAGAUGACGAUAUUCCUCCUCAUCCCCAUGACCCGAGUGUUAUUCUCAUCCAAAAGCUUCAGGCAUUAAAUGAGAGGGGUCAGCAGGCAGCUUCAAACCACAAGAAGAGAGCGUGUAAAUGUCGGGUUGAGUCUGACUGUGUUCCUGACUCACGUGUUGAGUCACCAUGUGGUGUCCAGAUGUUUCUGCCAGUUUGAACUUCGCCCCGUUGUUUAUUCUGAAGAUUAUCAGACUGAACAGAAAUCUGGGUUUGAAAUUGUUAGUUUGGAAACGAUCUUUUCAGGCUCGGCUUACAUCAAUGAUGAACAAUUUCAAGAACAUGCUGUGAGCUUUUUUGAGACUUGAGUUGAACUGAGGUUUUAGUUCAUUUCAUAAUUUUGGGGGAAGACCAACUUUCAGUCCAGCGUUGGGUAUCUUUAGCUUUAGAUUCUGCAGCUUGGAACUGGGAAUCAGAAGCUCUCCCUCCUGCUGUGUUCAAGGAAAGCUGGAAACCCUCAAAGUCUCACUGGACCUCUGAACUCAAAGUUCAGUUAUCUGUCAAUGCAGUGUUGGCCAAAAAAAGUCAGUUGCAAAGUCAUUACCAGAUUUCCUCCCAGUAUUGAUGUUUGUUUAUGCAAAUAACUUCUUCACAGUUCUUACUUCAUCAAAUCUCAUCAAACUGUCCAAGUUUAAACUUGUUCUCAAAUAUGGUUCAAGUUAUACCCACCUUCUGUUUUAACUGUUCCAUGUAUUGAGUCAUGAUGGUCUUAGGAGGACGGCAAAACAUGGUGUGAAUCUGUGACUGAAGCUCAUGUCAGUGUGGUGGGUCCUGCUUGUUAUGACUGUAUACUCUAAGGAUCUCUCUGUGUGUAAAAGCUUCUGAAAUCCGGUUAUUUUGAAAGAUCCCGGUUGUUCUCAGUUGUUGAUGGUUGUUUUGUUGCACCUUUUAACAUCAUAAUCAGGGGCAGGGGUCGUGUGUGUUUGUGUGUGUGUUUGUGUGUGUAUGUGAGAGAGAGGGAGAGUGACAGAGAGAAAUGUAUUUAUAUUUUGAUUGUCCUCAAACAGUUUUUAAAAUGACAGACAAUAAAUGUUGAAUACACCAGC